AUGGCUUCAGAUUUCGAUCCCUGGACUCAGAAUGUCACUUUCUACCUUGCAAAUGGAGACCCUCUCCCUGUGCCAAUCCAGGCUGUGGAUGAUUUCGCCCAGUAUCCGGUCCGCAUCUGCAUCAACUAUGGCGCCCAGCUCGGAGCGACUGUCGUCCUCCUCGUCAUUCUCUUGCUGUUGACCAAAUCCGAGAAGCGCCGCUCCUAUGUGUUCUGCCUCAACUGUCUUGCACUGCUCCUCAACUUUGCGAGAUUGCUUUGCCAGAUCAUAUUCUUCACCUCACCCUUCACCCAUCCAUAUGCCUACUUUUCUGGCGACUAUGCCCAUGUCCCGGAUUCAGCAUAUGCAAACUCUAUUCUCUCUGUGAUCUUUUAUUCUAUUCUCCUGACCUUGAUCGAGGCCUCGCUUGUUCUCCAGGUCCAGGCGGUCUGUGUCAAUCUCAGACGCAUGUAUCGGCAUACUCUUCUCGGAGUGUCUAUCAUAGUCGCGCUCGUUCCAAUCGCUUUCAGAUAUUGGUAUGCAGUCGAGAAUAUCAAGAGCAUCAUCGGCGCUGUCACGACCCAACCUGUCAACUGGAUUGAAAGCAUCUCUCAGAUCUCUAUCACCGUGAGCAUCUGCUGCUUUUGUGCCGUCUUUGUAACAAAACUCGCCUUUGCUAUUCGACUACGCCGCAAGUUAGGCAUCACAGACUUUGGUCCCAUGAAAGUGAUAUUCAUUAUGGGCUGCCAGACGAUGGUCAUACCAGCCAUCUUCUCGAUAAUUCACUACUCGACAGACGUUCCUGAACUCUCCUCCAACGUCAUCAGCCUGGUAACACUCUCUCUACCCCUUUCCUCCAUCUGGGCUGGAACAACCCUCAACAAAGCGAACGCCAUGUCCGCGUACGGCCGCAACAUCUGGCAGAUCCUCUCGUUCUCAGGUUCCAAGGGUACUAGGCAGGGCUCAUGCACCUCGGCUUCUGUAACCGGUGCCAAGCAAUGCACAAAGUGUUAUUCCGACUCGGACCCAUUGACGGAAAAGGGUAAGAGCACUACUGCCUCUACUGCUUCAGAUGCCAAGUAUGGUAUCGCGGUUGCGCAUGAUAUUUCGGUUGAGAGUGUGCGGAGGGACUCGUUUGGGGAAGUUUGA